AUGAUUGGUAAUUUAGUUUGGGCAAGGGCUCCCAAAAAUAAUCUAUGGUGGCCUUCAAAGACUAUUUCGCCUGAGGAAAUGGAUGUUCAAGAUUUUAUGGAUAAGAAAAAGCCAGAUUCUGUAUUAAUAUACUUCUUUGGAUAUCAUACAGUUCAUUGGAUUAAUGAUAAUUAUGUUAAAGAAUAUUCUAUGGAGUAUUUAGAUCAAGAUAUGCCGAGAAUUGAAUAUGAAUUAUUUAAGUUGGCAUUGAAAGAGAUUGAAAAUCAAAAGUUAGAAAAACACAAUUUAUUAAAGCAACAACAACAACAUCAAUCAAUAAAGAGUUAUCAACAACAACAACAAAAUAAUCAUCACCAACAAAUAUUAAAUAGCGAUGACGAUGAUCAUCAAAUGACAAUUUGUGAGGAUGACGAAGAGGAAAUGGUUGGCCACCGAAUUCAUCAACAUCACCAACAACAACAACAUCAUGACGAUGAUGAAGUUGACAUACACCAACCAUCUAUCCACUCUGAAGAUGACUAUGAUUCACAAUUACUAACGAGAAUGAAACGUGGUCGUAACGAAGAAUCCAUUGUAUAUAAACAACAACAACAACAACUUCAUCAACAGCAACAGUCACCAAGUCAAAACAAAUCAUCAAUUAAAUCUCAACCAAUAAUUAAUCAACCAAAGAAACAUCUACAUGAUGACGAAAAUAUGGAAUAUAAUAAUACAACAGAGAUGGAGCUUGAGUUAAGCAAAGAUGGAGCACAGGAGUACAGUCCCUCUCAAUUGAAAAAGAAAAAAACCUCUCAUCCAAACUCAAGAGUAGUUCAAGAUGAUGUUGGUAGCGAUGACCGACAACAUUCCGACUCGAGUGACCCACAACAAGAUGAAAAGAACAAAGAGCACGGUUCUUCCAGUCCCAUUGUUUCAAGCCGCCGUAAAUCUGAGAGUCCAACAGAGUCGAUGGCCAGCCAGCAACAAGAUGCAUCCAGUUCGCCUCAGUUGAAUUCCAAACGAUUGCUCCUAACCAAACCACCUCGCUCUCCUCUCAUCAACUCAAGAGGUACCAAACCAGUGGUAGUAUCAAACAACCAGAGUAACAAUACAACAUCGUCAAUUACCACCAUUUCCAAACCGAUAGCAAGUCCACCAACAAGAUCUGCUACCUCCCAAGUUACCUCACCAUUCUCUCUCUCCAUGCAACCAAGAGCAAUCCUACCAAACAGUCCGCCAAUUCUACCGUCGAAAUUACCUCAAGCAAUAGUCUCUUCACUAAUGCAGAAGAAAGGAAUACAAGCAUCGCCAAACUUGGUGUCUCAAGGACAAGCAUCGCCAAGCAUUCAUCCAAAGACGCCAAUCACCCUAUCCAUUCCAAGAUUCAAAAAGAAUGCAGCUGUUCCAUCCUCGAAUAAUAUCACUUCCCCGUCGAUUCAAUCGACAAGUAUGACAUCGUCAGCAUCCGCCCCAUCGCCUUUACAUGGACCAGCUUCACCAUUCCAACUUCCACAACGCAAGGGUUUAAUGUAUCCUCAAUCGCCAUCAAUGAAUCAGCCGAUGCGUGGAACAACCCCACUCAUACGUCCGCCAUCCAUGCAACCCAACAGCGAUAAAUCCGAUGAAAACACCGAUCAUCUUCCUCCAAAUACACAAGGUACGCCAAUAUUAGCACCUGGCUUCCAAUAUCUACCAUACUUUUCAAUGCCACCGUUUAGUUUGAAUUCAUCGUUGAACAUGGAAACUGUAUUCACCAGUCCUUUCAAUGGUCGACUUGCUAUCAAAGGUUCUGUUGAUACAGGAUUCCAAAUCGAUCUAAAUGUAAUGGGUAAGAAUCUUCAAGGAUUUCUUACAGAGAUACCUGGCACAACUAUAUCACAACAGGCACCACCACCAACUACACCACUAGUUAAACCAGCGGCUGUAGCCACUCCCAACAUCCCAAUGCCAGCAGGAUACGACUAUCAGAUGAUGGAAUCAUUCAGACAGAUGCAAGAAAUGAUGUUUAAGAGCUAUCAAGCAGCUGGAACCAUUCCACCAUUCUUUAAUCCAGCGGCAAUGGCAGCGGCAAUGGGUAUGCCUUUCAACCAUGCCAAACCAACAACAUCAACAACAACAACGACGACGACGAUUCCACAUACCUCCACUACAUCAACACCAACACAAGCACCCAAAACACCAAACAUUGUUAUCAACAUUGCCAAAGAUGACCAACCUGCAUCAAUUGAAAGUACAACAACGCCAGUCAUUACAUCUGCAUCACUCUCAUCACACAUGACAUCAAACUCUUCAAACGCGGCCAAUGUUUCAACAUCUUCCAACACACUUUCAGCAUCCAACACCUCCAAUGACAGUCACUUUAUUCAAUACAAACAGAAUGCUCUUCAAAAAGUAGAGCUGUUUCAUAAAUCUCAGGCUCUAAGCAUGAUGUCCAAACAAGAUGAAGCUAGUUCGUCGCUACUCGAACAGUAUGAACGUGACAAACUCUCUGCAGACGGAAACCCAGAGAAGCUAAUUGCACUCAAAGCUAAAUUCAGUGAAGACAGCGAAAAGAUGCAGCAACAACAUAAGGAGCAACGUAUCAAGCUCGAGGAGACACACUCACAGCAAUCCGCUCGCUUCCCCAGAGAAGUCGAAAAGCAAUACAUGCUGCUCUUGAAACAACGACAGAUUGACAGUUCGAAAUCUGACCGUUCUCCGCUGAACUCGCCGACACUGACACCGUUUAUCUCACCGUCGCCAUCGCCAUCGCCAUCGCUUUCCUCGUUCAUGGGAACCAGUCCAAUGAUUACGCCUGCAUCGCUCAUGAAAGGCAAUUCACUCUACCCGCCCGGCAGCAUAAGUGGCGCACACUCGCUGACACCAACUCCAACCACCACCUCUCAUUCGAUACACACCACCAACCAAACGGGAAAUGGUAACAGUAAAGACUCUAACGAAUCAUCAUUACCACCACUUUCACUCUCAUCAAACUCACCACCAAGAUCACCCAAUGAACAAGCUUUAUCACUUCAAAAGAAAAAUACAAUAUUAAAUAAUAAUAGCAGCAAUAAUAGCAAUAAUAAUAGCAAUAUCAAAUCAAACAACAACAACAACAACAAUAAUAAUACUAGUAAUAGCAAUAACAAAACAAUAGAAACCUCUGAAAUUGAGGAGGAAACAGCUUUGAGUAAGAUCUCUGUAAAUAGUAACAACACAACAAAGAAAUCACACAAUGCACCUGCGUUAACGAUAAGUUAA